CAACUUUGAAUUCAGGCUAUUGAUUUCUGAUAUUAUUUUCCCUUCAACCUGCAUCAUUGUGAGUGAUUGAUUUGUCUUUUCGUUAUCCCCCCACAUCCCCCUUUCUCCAUUGUCCCGCAAAUGGGAAAGUGUUCUUUGUCGGAGGAAGAAAGUGGGCUGUUCAAGAUUUUGGUGUGCAUAAUUCUCUGCCCCCCAAUCCCUCUUUACUUUGCUUCCUUCGCUGGCGGACGGAGCUCAAGUCGUUCUUUAGCUUUUUCAAUUCUACGUGGGGAAUUCUCGUACCUGACAUUAUUAGAAGUUGCACCUGUCGAGUCUGCUUCAAAAUACAAAGGUACACAGAAAGAAUCUUUUGAGUGCGUCGUUUAAAUGAGAUUGGAGAUGCUCCUGUCUUUGCUGCUGUGUGCCAUCUGUCCGCUCAUCCUACCGUCCUCCUCUACCCCCAGCCAAGCCUCAGAUGACUCCAGACUCCUACAGGUGACCAUCCCUACGACCCCUCCCUUAUCUGCCGUCUUGGGGGGCUCUCUUACCCUACCUUGCCUGGUGUCUCUGUCCCACCCGCCCCCCAACACGAAUGGCCGCCACGCAGUCCUCUCCCUACCCAGGGUCAAGUGGAGCAUGCUGUCCCAGGGGCACGAGACUGAGAUCCUGGUGGCCCGAGGGGACAGGGUGAAGGUCAGUGAGGCCUACAAGGACAGAGCCUCCCUGCUCCAUUACGCUUCCUCCCCGGCCGACCUCACCCUGAGGCUGGAUGGCCUGCAGUACAACGACUCUGGCUUCUACCGCUGUGAGGUGCAGCAGGGCCUGGAGGAUGCCGACGGUGUGGCUCAGGUCAAGGUCAAAGGGGUGGUGUUCCACUACCGGGAUGCUUCCAGUCGCUAUGCCUUUACCUUUGCGCAGGCCCGGGAUGCCUGUGAAGAGAUCGGGGCUCACAUCGCCACCCCAGAGCAGCUCAUGGCAGCCUACCACAGUGGCUAUGAGCAGUGUGAUGCGGGCUGGCUCUCAGACCACUCAGUGAGAUAUCCCAUCCAGAUGCCACGAGAGGGAUGUUUUGGAGACAUGGACGGGCAUCCUGGAGUGAGGAACUAUGGGCUGCUGGAACCUGAUGAGCUGUACGAUGUAUACUGUUAUGUGGAGAACAUAGAGGGGGAAGUGUUCCAUGGCUCUUCCCCCCGAAGUUUCACCCUGUGGGAAGCUAAGGCCUAUUGUCUGGCUCAGGGAGCGGAGCUGGCUACCACAGGUCAGCUGUAUGCAGCCUGGAAUGACGGACUGAACGCCUGCAGCCCGGGGUGGUUGGCUGAUGGGAGUGUACGCUACCCCAUUGUCACUCCCAGGGAGCGUUGUGGUGGAGGGGAGCCUGGGGUCAGGACUGUCUAUCGCCAUUUGAACCAGACAGGCUUUCCAGAGGCACACACUCGCCAUGACACUUACUGCUUCCGAGGCAACAGCAACACUCACACCGAAUCUCCCCAUGAUUACCUGGCAACAGAGCCAGAGGACAUCGGCCAGGACAUUGUGACGCUGUCUCAGCCUCUGGAGGAAUUCAGCCUGGGUCAGGUGACGGAGCAGGUGAUGAGCGAAGAAGUUCAGGGCUACCUGACUGCACUCCCUAUUCCAGCGGAGCAGCACCCAUCAGAGCAUAUAGAGGAGCAGGGGGCUGUCCCUGGGGAGCAGUACCCAGAGCAUGGAGCUGUCCCUGGGGAGCAGUACCCAGAGCAUGGAGCUGUCCCUGGGGAGCAGUACCCAGAGCAUGGAGCUGUCCCUGGGGAGCAGUACCCAGAGCAUGGAGCUGUCCCUGGGGAGCAGUACCCAGAGCAUGGAGCUGUCCCUGGAGAGCAGUACCCAGAGCAUGGGGCUGUCCCUGAAGAGCAGUACCCAGAGCAGGGGGCUGUCCCUGAAGAGCAGUACCCAGAGCAGGGAGCUGUCCCUGGGGAGCAUGGAGAAGAACAGGGGGUUGUUCCUGGAGAACACGGAGAGGAGCAGGGGGCUGUUACUGAGGAGGCGUACAUCAAGGAGGACGGAGAGGAGCAGGAGGCUGUGCCUGGGCUGCACAGAGAGGAACAGGGGGUUCAUCAUGGGGAGCAUUACCCAGACCAGCCUGGAGAGGAGCAGGGGGCUGUCGAUGGCCCGAGCCCUACUGUAGUCUAUCACGAGGAGCUACCCUUUCCGGUUGAACCCCAAGACCCAUUCACCCCCACAUCCUUCCCCCAAGACCUGGAGCCCACAGAGGACACAUGGCAGCUGGUGAAAGAGGUCAGCAACCCAGAAUCAUAUCAGCCUGCCCCUGAGGAGGCAAACCGAGAUUCAAACUACCCAGUCACACCCUAUGAUGAGCUGAAUGCAAACCCAACACUGUAUCCACCUUCUCCCGAGACAAAUUAUGAAUCAGAUGAUCUUACAACUGCUCAUGAAGACAACAUUGGUAUCCCCAAUCCCUACCAGCCCUCGUUAGAGUCAAACAUGGAAUCAGGAGAGCCCUCUAUAGAGGGUGUACCAGGGACUGCUCUGGAGGCCCCCGUGCCCACCACAGCAUAUGAGGAGGUGGACAGGUCCAGUGAUCCACAUCCCAUGCCUGGCACAACCCCUGAGAGUGGUGAGUCUCAGUAUGGUAUUUCAGAGGAAAGCCAUAUGCAAACAGAGAUCACCCAGGAGACCGAACACUACACUUUUACCUCUGAGACCACAGGCUCUAAUGUAUCAGGAGUUGAAGCCACUACUAGUUAUGACAGCUCUCCAGAGGGGCAACUGGAAAGCGGGCUGCCCAUACCUCCUGAGGAGGACCACUCCGGAGAUGAGCAUGUCAUCCAGGUGGAGCAUGUCACGGACACGGUCUACCCAAGCACCUCUUAUGACCUCUCAGGAGGGUCCAUCAGGCCUGAGGGAGCCAUCACUGGGGGUGUCGAGGAUACAUCUGUAUCUUCCACUUCACCUCAUGAGGAAACGGAGCUCUUCCCUGACCAGUCCACCACUCAGCCUCCAUACUGGGAGAACACACCUGAAUACCACCGAACCAACUCUGUGGACCACAGUGCCAGUGUCCUUCUCCCUGAGGAAAAUACCACAUCACUGGACUCAUUGGUCCUCCAGACAGGGGAGAACAGUGGCUCUGCUACGGCUGAGUCAGGAGACCUGGCGACCCAAAGCCCAGUGGAGAUGGACCCCUAUGAACUGAUCCCGACUUCUGAAUAUGCUUAUGACCCCACUCAGGAGCAGUCUGGUGUCACGUCACCCGACUCCUCUACCCUAGAUGACCAUGUGGAGCAGGAGGGAGGAGGCACAGUGGACUCAUUACCAGAAGUUUCCAAUGGUUCCACUGACCAGGAUGAGCACACUGACCUGGGUUCAGUUCCAACUGACGAAGUCCUUACAGUUAUUUAUGACACUGACUCUAGUGAAGCCUCUGGGGUCCACAAGGGAAUGCUUGACAUCACCCUUUUGACAUCCCCCAUACCUAUAACCUAUUCCCCCCCGACCCAGCGUUCCGUGGAAGCAGGGGCCAGCUCCCCAGGUGACUUCAUAACCGUCAUCCCAGAAUCCAGCGUUCCAUCUGGGUUUGAACCCCUGGAGGAAGGGCUGGAGAAGGUGGAGCAAGAGGGGUUGGGUGAAAUCCCAGAAGUAGUCAAAACUACUACCCCAGAGACAGCUUCUGGUGAGGAGGCGAGUGGAGGCAAGGAGAGUGGUCAGGAGGCGAGUGGAGGCAAGGAGAGUGGUCAGGAGGCGAGUGGAGGCAAGGAGAGUGGUCAGGAGGCGAGUGGAGAAGAGGAGAGUGGAGGCAAAGAGAGGGGUCAGGAGGCGAGUGGUCAGGAGGCGAGUGGAGGCAAGGAGAGUGGUCAGGAGGCGAGUGGAGACAAGGAGAGUGAUCUGAAGGUGAGUGGCCAAGAGGGAGUGGAGUCCGGCCUAGGAUCAGACGAGGAGCACUCUGAAUCUGCUGAAUCUGGAGAAAGCUCAGGGAUCCUUGAACCAGAAGUCCCAUACAUGAAUACAACUGUCAUUCCCAUCAAUGGCACAACUGUCAAUAGCACAGAUGAAAGCGAGCCCGAGUCGAGCACAGAUGCACCUUCUACUGAUAUGGAGAUCACGCUGCUCUCUGACUUGUCCCAGACCCCCCUGCCCUCCCCCACCAUACCCCAAGAGUCCCGGGCUGAUGUAAAUCUGGAGUACAGUGGGGAGACCUCACUCACUGAGGACCCUGACUCCAUCACUCCACUCACUAAGGAGCCUGAGGAGACCCCCAGCCCGACGCCCACCACAGAGGACUACGAUGACCAGACUACGACGGCAGCACCCCUAUAUCCAGAGGACGUUGAUGAGGAGAAACUGAUUACGAUUCAUACUACUCCAAGAUUUGGGAACAUUUCAGAUUCCUGCCAUGAGAAUCCUUGUUAUAACGGGGGAACAUGUGUUGACAGUGGGUCUUCAACCAAGUGCCUUUGCUUGCACACCUAUGGAGGAGACAUGUGCCAGACAGACCUGGAGGUGUGUGAGCCGGGUUGGGAAAAGUUCAUGGGCUUCUGUUACCGACAUUUCACCAAGCGCCAGGGCUGGGAGGUGGCAGAGCAGCACUGUCGUAUGUGUGGCGGUCACCUGAUCUCGGUCAUGACCCCUGAGGAACAGGACUACAUUAAUGAUAAGUACAGAGAGUACCAGUGGACGGGACUGAAUGACAGAACCAUAGAGGGAGACUUCCGCUGGUCUGACGGGAAUCCUCUGUUGUAUGAGAACUGGUACCGGGGCCAGCCUGACAGUUACUUCCUGUCUGGAGAGGACUGUGUGGUGAUGGUAUGGCAUGACGGGGGGCGCUGGAGCGAUGUGCCCUGUAACUACCACCUCUCCUACACCUGCAAGAAGGGCACCUCUUUCUGUGGCCAACCCCUCAUUGCCAAUGCCAAGGUGUUUGGUAAGUCGCGUCUGCGCUACGAGACCAACUCCAAGGUGCGCUACUACUGUGAAGAAGGAUUCAUCCAGACACAGAACCCCGUCAUUAAGUGCCUAUCCAACGGCCAAUGGGAGGAGGCUCUGAUCACCUGUCACCCUGCCCUGACCAACUUGGCAGAGAGAGAGCAGAAGGUCACGACGCCACCCUAUCAGAACGAGGGGGUGGAGGUGGUGGACACAGCCACGGAGAAAGCCACUUCAGAGUUCUGGGACAUCAAGUGGAACUAAUAACCUCAUCAAACUCAAUAUGCCCCUUCCCUCUGCCCCCUUCCCUGGAAUCCUAUGUUCCACUCAAAGACCGUCCAACCUUGUCCCUCCAACAAGGUGGAGCCUUGUAAAAUAAAUGUUCUCCCUGAGAACGAGUCAUCACAUUCCUGUCACCAGCGCUUUCCAGAAUAAACCCAUUUAGAACAUCAACAGACUUGAUCGAUCACACUUACAAUAAGAGUACAUCCUAACAUAAGGCCACUAUUAGAGGAAAUUGAUCACAUUUGCACAGUACAGUUUGUCAUUGGAAUGAGCUUUAACGAAGAUGUCCCAUCCAUCAUUGGGCUUGUUUGUUGCAUGUGGUUGUUGACUAGUGAAAUACUUCAAUAUCCACCUGUGCUACGACACUGUUGGAUUACUGUAUUUGACUGCUAGUAACAUAUAUUAUGACAUGUUUAUGAUGGUAUACAGUAUGAUUUUGAUGGAGAGUUUUAGUAAAGUGCAACCUAAAUCUCAACCUCAGCUGGUCUGACAUUAACUGAAGCCACGUUCCCACUCUCUGCCACAAAGACAGAAUUAAGAUUUCCACUUUUGUAUGCUUUUGUAUAAGAUCUCCUUAUCAAUCCACAUCUUCUCAAUUCCCACAACCCAAAGCAUUUUCUCAACAUGUCCUCUUAUGUGGUUCUUUGUUUUUCAGGUGUCUUAAACUUUAGACCCAAUAUUAGAAGCCGAUAUCCACUUUAAAAGUACUUGGUUUGAGAAUAGCCAGAAUCCAAAGUUUGUUAUUUUAAAACGUAAUCACUAAGAUACUAGGAAGAACAUGUGAAAAUGUCCACAAUGGUAUUUCAAUUUUCAUGCAUCAAUUACAUCAUUGUCUUAGUUCCAGUGGAAGUACUACUUUAUGUUGGUAGUGUUUAACAGUAAUCAAAUAAUUCUAAUUGUUAAUCCCAUUUGUUAAUCCCAUUUGUGACUGCACAAUUACACAAUGAACUUGUUAUGAAAGAAAAAAGGUCAUUGUAAAACUAAUUAAAACUUAAUUUUGUUAAUGUAGUCUGAGUUAUUGGAGAAUAGAAAAUAAACAUCUAAUAAAAUGAUUACAAUGUA